GUCAGUCCAAUGGCGUAGUGUGUGUCUGGGCUUGACUCACAGUUCGUGUCUUUGGGUAAUGUUGAAAAGCCAUUUCUAUUCGGUCAUGGGCCAGUUCACCGGCCCUCAAUCGCUGGGAAAAAUCACAGAAUCUUGGAAAAGUAAGGGGAAUCCGCUUUAUUGGGGUUCUUGUUCCUCCGGUGAGCUGUUGCUCACCAAAAUGCCACUCAAUUUUUUAAUGGUUCUUGGGGCUCUUUUUUCCCAGAUGUUCCUGGAAAUAAAUACAGUAAUGGGUAAGAAUUUAAAGGACUGUGUGUAAGUAAGAUUCUAUGCCUGCUGCUGCUGCUGCAAUGGGGUCCUUGGGAGUGUUUUUUCCCCCAAAUGAUGCUUUGCUUACAUUAGUUAAAUAUUUUUUUUCUUCUUCCCAAUAUUUAUAAAGCUGCAAGAUUAUUUGGUUCCUAGCUUGUUGAGUCAUCCAGGAUAUUACCAGCUGUGUUUCUGGGUAACCCAACUUUACCUUUUUUUACAUUCUUGAUUCUUGUAAACAGUGGAGAGCAUAGCAAUGAGAGCUCAUAAGUAGAAGAACUAAUUCUUGGUCUCUUGGGUUUACUACAUAAGGGGGAAAAAUUGGUUCUUUCCCAUUGAUGGUUCCUAUUCUGCAGAAGAAAUGGGUAGUGGGGAAAAUGGUGAUAUGAGCUCAGGCUAUGCUGCAUUUCGGACCGUUGAUUGGGACCCUAUUGUUUCAAUGGACCAGAGUUUUCACUUCCCAGAUGUUCUUGAUAAUCACCCAAUCUGCACAAGUUCUGAACUUGUUCAAGACCCAUCUCAUGUGUGGGAGUUUCAAAGUUCUCAAGAAGUUUUCUGGAAUUGUGAAGUUCCUUUCUCAUCACAGUCUCUUUCUCUGUCCAAGAAUGUUGAAGAGGGGCUGCCAAAGGGUACAUUGGCAGAUAAUCCAGAUGGCUUUAGACAGAUUCGCGAAAAGAAACAAAAAACAGAAGAAACGAAUGGCUCGGGCGAUUUGAGGGCAAAGAAAACUAGUAAUGAGGGAAAGUAUGUUCAUGUGAGAGCUAUAAGAGGCCUAGCUACAAACCCUCAUAGCCUUGCAGAAAGGGUGAGAAGAGAAAGGAUCGGUGAGAGGAUGAGAUUGCUCCAAGAACUUGUCCCCUGCUGCGACAAGAUAAUUGGGAAAGCGGUGAUGCUGGAUGAAAUCAUCAACUAUGUGCAGUCACUCCAGCAGCAGGUUGAGUUUCUGUCAAUGAAACUUGCAUCUGUGAACCCAGAGUUUCACCUUGGCAUUGAACAGGCAAUGCCCAAAGAGAUCUUUACUACCCAAAGAAGCGACGUGUCUCUUCUUCGAUCUGGUCAUGGAACAAGCUCGUCCGUGCGUUCCACAAGUACCCUAAACCCAACACCACCAAACAAUCCCUUAUUUCAGAAUGUAUGGGGAAAUAUGGACAGAAAUGGUAAGAGAGUAGCAGCUGCAUAUAAUAUGUUUUUCCAGAGUUUAUAUACUUUUGUUCUUCGAUUUUUUAGCAGAAGAAUGUCAUCAACUGUAAUGAACUUAAGAUGGUCAUCCAUAUCAAGAGCUUAGAGAGCUAAAAAUCAAUGAUCUGAUGAGUUGAUACAAUCAUUGUGUGCCUAUUUUUAACCUCUCCCUCCCAAAGAACUUUACAUAAUUUGACUUUUAUUAAACUUAAGAAGAGUGU